AUGCGUUUUUUGUCAAAUAUUGUUUCAAAUUCUUUUAAUGGUAUAAAAGGGAUUCAUACAACAUCAGCCAUCUCAAUGAGAUCAACUGCUGGUGGUCCAGUACCAAUAGAAAGAAGUUAUCCAGUUACUGGUAAAUCACCAAAAAUAGUAACUGCAUCUGAAGCAGUUGAUGUUAUCAAAUCAGGUGAUAAUGUUUUUGUUCAUGGAAUUGCCUGUACACCAACACCACUUCUUAAUGCUUUAUGUGAUGCAGCUAAAGCAAAGAAUCUUAAGGGUAUUAAACUUCAUCAUUUACAUCUUGAAGGACCAACACCAUGGCUUGCUGAUGACAUUCGUGAUAAAAUACGUUCUAAUUCUCUUUUUACUGGGCAUAAUCUUCGUAAAGCAGUCAAUGAAGGAUGGGUUGAUUUUAAUUCAACAUUCCUUCAUGAAGUACCAUUACUUUUCCGUAAAGGUGCAAUUAAACUUGAUGUUGCCUUACUUCAAGUUUCACCACCAGAUGAACAUGGUUUUUGUACAUUAGGUACAUCUAUAGAUACAGCACGUGCUGCUAUUCAACAUGCUAAUGUUAUAAUAGCAAUGUCAAAUAAAAAUAUGCCAAGAACUUUUGGUGAUGGUGUUAUACAUCAAUCACAUAUAGAUUAUCUUGUUGAAGCUCAUGAUUUUCCAAUUCAUUUAAGAGCAAUGCCAACAAUUGGUGAGGUUGAACAAAAAAUUGGUAAAAUUAUUGCUCAAGAAUUAGUUGAUGAUGGUGCAACACUUCAAAUGGGAAUUGGUGCCAUUCCAGAUGCUGCUUUAGCAUCAAUGAAAAAUCACAAAGAUCUUGGUAUUCAUACAGAAAUGUUUUCUGAUGGUGUAUUAGAUUUGGUUGAAAGUAAUGCUAUUACAAAUAAAUAUAAAUAUACUCAACCAGGAAGGAUGUCUGUAUCAUUUGUAUAUGGAUCUCAAAAACUUUAUAAAUUUUUAGAUAAUAAUCCAUUUGUUCAUUUUGGUGAUGUUGCAGUCAUAAAUGAUCCAAGUGUUAUUCGUAAAAAUCCAAAAGUUACAGCUAUUAAUAGUUGUGUUGAAAUUGAUUUGACUGGGCAGAUUGUAUCUGAUAGUGUUGGUACAAAACUUAUUAGUGGUUUUGGUGGUCAAGUAGAUUUUAUUCGUGCUGCAGCUUUAUCAGAUGAUGGUCUUGGUAGACCAAUUAUUGCUCUUCCUUCAACAACUAAAAAAGGACAAUCUAAAAUUGUUCCAACACUUCAAGAUGGUGGUGGUGUUGUUACAACUCGUGCACAUGCUCAUUACAUCGUUACUGAGUAUGGUGUUGCUGAAAUUUGGGGAAAAAAUAUGAGACAAAGAGCCUAUGAAUUAAUUAAAAUUGCUCAUCCAUCUGCCCGUGAAGGACUUGAGAAAGCUGCUUUUGAGAGAUUUAAAGUUAUGCCAUCAAAAGACUAA